AUGACGACAGAACAAACUAAAAUUGUACUAACAGGUAUUAAACCGUCUGGAGAAUUGCACUUAGGUAAUUAUUUAGGUGCUAUAGAGCCGGCUUUAGCUGAAGUUACUCAGCACCGAGGUUUUUAUUUUAUUGCAGAUUACCAUGCUUUGACGACUGUCCGAGACCCUAUACGUUUUGAGCAGCAGAUUUAUGAACUUGCAGCUGCUUGGUUGGCAUUAGGUCUAAAUCCUGAUCAAGUUGUUUUUUAUCGACAGUCACAGGUCUCAGAAAUUUUUGAGUUAUUUUGGAUUCUUGCUUGUGUAACACCAAAGGGAAUGUUAAACCGGGCCCAUGCUUACAAGGCAGCUAUGGAGCAAAAUCAGAGUCUCGGUCAGGAUGUUGAUUUUAAUGUUCAGGCAGGUUUGUAUAAUUAUCCGAUAUUGAUGGCUGCUGAUAUAUUGGCGUUUGAUACAGAUAUUGUUCCUGUUGGCCAGGACCAGAAGCAACAUCUUGAAAUGGCACGUGAUAUGGCUAAUUCUAUCAAUGCUAUAUAUGGUCCUGUUUUAAAGCUACCUGAAGCCAAGAUUCGUGAACAGGUUAAAACGGUACCUGGUAUUGAUGGACAGAAGAUGAGUAAAUCUUAUGAUAAUGUCAUCCCUAUUUUUGCAUCAGGUAAGACGUUACGUAAACGUAUUAUGUCAAUUGUGACAGAUUCUAAGGGGCUUGAAGAAUCCAAAGAUCCAGAUAGUUGUAAUUUAUUUGCUAUUUACCGUUAUUUUGCUGAUCCAGAAGCAGUCCAGGCAACACGUCAGAAGUAUCUUGAUGGUGGUUUAGGGUAUGGUUACUUAAAACAGGAACUUUUUGAGCUGUUGGAGUUUCGCUUUAAAGAUCAGCGUGAUUAUUAUUAUGAAUUGUUGGCAGAUAAAUCUAAGCUUGACCAGAUUCUUGCCCAGGGAGCAGAAGAGGCAAGGGCUAUGGCGAUACCUGUUCUAAAACGAGUUAGAAAAGCUAUUGGCAUUAUUUAA